AUGGCGAUGUGCUGCGCAACGCGGCUGUCACCGCCGACAGCUUCCGCCUAUCCGCCCCAAGGUCGUGUACAAGAGGCUCUUGCAGCGAGUUCCUCCGGCACGGGAGCUUUGAGCGAUUUCUGCGCCACGCAGUCGCUUGUCUGCGGGCUGAUGGUGCCGUUCUGCUCUCUCCGACGUAAGUGCGGACGGAAGCUGGUUAAGGCCACGGUCUCAAUCGCGGCCGGUGGUGCUGGGGCUGAGGCGGCACCGCUUUCGUCGGGAGCUGAGGAGGGAAUGCUUCAACAAGUAGAAGAGGAGGAGGAGGAACGGGAAGCUGCCGAAGAAAAGGAAGGACUUCUGCCCUCCACUGGGAAUGAGGCAAUCGACCAGUUGCUCGAUGUGGCCACUGACCUUAUCCCCGUGGUCGGUUCUGCGAAGUCGCUGGCGCAGGCGGAGACCAACAAUGAGGUGCUGCUGGCUUUGGGCGAACUUGCCCUGGAUGCGGUGACAUUGGGCGCUGGCUCUGUGGCCAAGGCCACUGCGGCCACGGUCUUCAAGAGAUCCGCGAAGGUGUCGAAGGGCAGAAGAAAGAUCCAACAACUUGCGAAAGUCAUUGCAAAAGCCACAGGUGCCAAGAAGGCCAAUAGAUUGACGGUUGUUGCAAGGGCCGUGGAAAAAGCCAGCCGCGAUGUCGUCAAGUCCUUUCUGAGGGUGCGAGCGGGCUUUCGGCCUUUGCAUAGAUCGCCUCAAGCCCUGGCGCAGGCCAAGAAGGUGAGUCGUGGCCUCCGGUCGAGCCAUGCUCGAAAGAAGACGUUGUCGAAGAUCUUUGAGGUCCAGAGACAUCUGCAAAAAGAGCUGAGAAAGAAGGGCAUCGCUCUAAGCCGUUCCACUCCAAAGAAUGCCGACGUUUGGAAGAAGGUGGGGCAAGCGAUGGAUCUUCGAGAUCAAUUGGGCUAUGUGAAGGCUGGGGAGCGGAUCCAUGACAUCGUGAAGGAGGGACAGCCGAGCUUUGGCAUGGGCAAGGAAGAUGGACAAGUUGGAGUAGCAGUGGACGCUAUGCUCUCGCCCACGGCCGAGCAUCUUGGCUUUGCUCUGGAAGUCGCGUACUCGAGCUUUCAGCGUUCGCUCGGAGUUGAGGAGGGCGAUUACAAGCUCGCGCGUGUCAAGUCCUUGCGCAGUCAAGUGCCUGGUUUCUUCCCAGCAGAUAUGGCCCGGUCAGACAAGGACAUCUCCUUCGAUAAGGUGGCCUUUCAGCGAGGCGCUUCUUGGGCAAGCACUGACGUCGGUGCAAGCCCUCUGAGGAACCUGUCACCAAUGUCACUACCGGACGCAGAGCAGGCAGACUUUCAGGCAAAGUCUCCCAUGGAACAGCAGGACCGUGUCAACCGCUCACCAGCUCGCAAGCCCAUGUCCUGUCGCCUUACGAAGCAGCGAGCCCUAGCACUGCAAGUGGAGCUGCUUGCUGCGUUCAGCUCGGCACGGUUCCAGAAGAAGUUGCAGGCUCUGAUCAGGAAAGACGCUGACAAGGACAGCAGCGACUUCCACAAGAGCCUGCGGAAAAUCAUGCGAAAGCCCCAGCAGGAGAUCAUCGCGCAAUAUGGCUUUGACCCGUCGGAGGAAGGCAUUGAGGAGAUGACACAGGCGCUCAAGGAGCUCGAGGAUGAUGCAGACAUUUACGUGAAUGCCAUGGCCAUCGAGGAGGCACUGUACAGCUCGCUUCAGGUUGCCCAGGAGAAGGAGGUCCCAAGCGAGAUGGGAACGAGCUGCCCGAAGCCAGACACCAAGCCGGCCAUCUACCUUCUGCUAAGGGCCGGCAACUCUUCGCCACCGGCCAAGCCGGAAAAACGAGCACGUCGUGACCUCGAGGCUGCGGCGAAGGCUGCCGCGGCACCACCUCAAGGCGGGCGAGGCACGAUCCGCGCUCUCUCGGUGCAAGAGCUCACCCGCGCCUUCUUGGCACACGACGACGAAAUUCAGAGCAUUCUCAAUCAGCUCUCCGUCGUUCAUAAGCUCCCGGUGGAGGGACCGCUGGCCACGACGGCUCUCGACGCCAUUCAGGGAUGGCUGAAGGAUCAUAAGCCAGGCCAACCACACCCCUCCGGCUCUCCCACGGCUGCGGUUGCUGCUGCAGUGCUUCCAUUCCUGAAGGAUUCAACGAAGCCUGAGUCUGUCACACAACCAGCCUGGGAAGCCUUCAAGGCUGCUCUGGCUCUCAUCCUCGAUGAUCCGGACAAGAACAACGCGAUCAAUCACGAGCUUGCUCUGUUUUCGGCUCGGGCCAAUGCGAAAAAGACCCACCUCAUCUUGGAGAUCCGCCUGAAGAUGCACAGCACGUUGCUCGCUCAUGUCUCUACGUACAGCAAACUCAUUGAGGACUUUGAAGGCGAGGCACUGGGCAAACGCCCCCAGGGCACUCUGGAACAGCUCUACGAGCAUCUCCUGUGGGCGGCUCGUCAGGAACUCGAUGGUCCGACUUUUUCUCCGUCAGAGAACAAGGUUGACAAAGCGACGUCUGGCGGCACAUCCUCAAUGUCAUCUACGUCUACCAAGCAGAACCUGGCCAUCGGCAAGCGCCAAUGGGCCGGUAAGGCUCUGGAGAGCCUGCAGGAACAUGGUUCCUCGCCUCUUGUUCUCCCGGGGCAUUACGUCAACCCCUCCAUUCAGGUCAUGUCCCUGAUCACCUCCGAGCUGGGUCAGCAAAUCAGCUCGGGCUACACCUGCCAGGUGUAUCUUCCAGCCCAGCCCUGCUACUCUCCCUUCUCUGAGGUGCAACGCAUCGAUCUGACGCGUGGCCCCGCCACCUUCCCGCCCCUUUUGGAAGAUCGAGAGCACUAUGUGAUUCGGACUGCCAAAGCAGGCUUCGGCGCGGAGGUUAAUCGAGAAAUUAUCAGGGCGGCUCGCAUGCCUGAGGUGGUGGUUCUCCAGACCAUUUUGGCAUGGGAUCCACAGCACCUCCGAGUGCUCAUGCCUCGUCACUACCCUGUCCCGGUCUCUGCACUGACCACUCGUCAUGUCUUUCGCCUCAUGCAAGACAUGCGCAGGGCGAUCUCCCUGCUCCAUGACCAUGACAUCAUACAUGCUGAUGUUCGGCUAGCCAACAUCAUGCUCCGCACGGAUCCUGCCAGCUUCGUCCUCAUUGAUUACGGCGGCAGCAAGGAGACCAUUUGGCCGGUCCGUUAUGGUUACACAGUAGCAGGCCGUGGAGGCACCCAACACCGCCCUCCAGCUGAAUGCAUGAACGAAUGGUCGACCCCCUCGGUGCGGGUCCCUUACUUAUGCGGCCGGAGCGACUUCCACCGCCUGGCCUGUACUAUCCGUGAAGAAAUUCUUGGCCAGAUGGAAAGCGAGGCGGGGCAACGCCCACCCGCUGAGGAAGGCAACGCCUCCAGACGCCGGAAACGCGAUCAGCUUCGCCCACAACUCCCUCGCGAGGCCGAGCAGGAAUUGGACAUGAUGCUUGACACCACUACGUGGAAGGUCAAGCCCAAUCCUCACAGCCUCUUCCCGCCUGGCUCGUGGCGAGACACGGCUGUCAAUCCUACCAUCAUGUUGACGGCUCACCUGUGGACUACCGAUGGCAAGUCACGCACCUGCACUACCACCUUUCGCUCGCCUUUGGAGCGCAAGGGCAACUCCAACGGGCAUUUUGUGGACGAACCGGACCAGCCCUCCUAUGAGCCUGGCGCCUCUCUCGCAGCACAGAUCAACACUGGCUCGUGGGAACAGUCGGGCUAUCUUCCCAAGAUCUUCCUGGUCUGUGAGCUAAAGACUGAGGGACGUGGCACCCGAUCAGUGGCUCAGCAAGUCUAUCCUUGGCUGUCAUACAGAAAUAGGGAUGGCAUGCUGGAGCUAGAGCCACCGCCAGGUCCACCUCGGAUGGACCUAUCCUCGGUGCAGUCCCAGAGCAACGCUCCCUCAUCAGGGGGCACCGCCCAAGAGCCACUUGCGCCAGGGCGAAUUACAUCGGACCCGCCUCCGCCUUCAACGACGCCUCCUUCCCCUAUGCUAACGGGCGUUUGGGCUGAGCCACCUAUGGAAGCGCCUGAUGUGGAGGAGACCACCGCUGCCCCCGCAGCCUCGGGAGCUCCGGAUGUUCACUCCUUCUCACCUCUUCAGGUCUUCCCGCUCGUCCAUGCUCUGGAGCAACACGCCGGCACCACGGUACCCGGAGCAGAUGGCCUCUCUCGCUCGGCCCUCUCCAACUCCAUUCAGGAUACGAUGAUCUUCUUGCAGGCUCUGUCGCUCUACUUGGAGUACCAGGCAACGCCUGCACACUGCAAGCAACGCUUGCUAGGUCGGGAGGUACUCAAUGAGGCGCCGCCCUUUCUGGCCCUUGCUGAUUCCACCUUCCAGGGCCUUUUGCGACAGGGCAAGCAAUGGGCCUCAUACGGCUACCCCUCGCUAGGGAUGGGCUACUCGGUGGUGUGUCCCGGGGCUUCCCUCGUUCGCUCCUAUCCUGGGCGUCCCUCCAUCUUAGGAGCCCUUGCUUUGGCUGCGGGGGAUUCCCUCCAGUCUCGCGACUCCCUGCCAGCUCCGAUCCUGGUCAAUGAGGGCUUCUUGCACUUCCUGCGGGACAGGCUCGAUGAGCCUGUCAAGGUAGGCCUGGUUCCCUGCGGACGCAGUGUGCCACAUCCCAAGCAGACUGCUUAUGACUUUGUGGAAAGGGCACGGCACGACUUCAACCUCAAGGACUACGAGUUCCCUUGGCAGAUCAUGGACCUGGACCAGCCUCCGGAUCUGGACCUGUAUGGCCAGGAUCCCACUCACUUUCAGCCGUCUGCUGAGCUGCCUGCCAUUGGGCGUAUCAUUGGCCGCGCUCUCUACUGUAUGACAGUACCGCGAGCUGAAGGAGGCAACGCCCCCGAGACUCCGCAGGGCAACGCUCCCCAAACCCCAUCUACCUCACCUUUUGCGGGUGGCCAGGGGCCAGGGGAUGCGCAGCAUGCGCCGCACACUCCUCCACCCUUUCUGCCAGUUCUUCUGUGCUGCUCCUGGAACGCGACUCAGGGCAUGAUACAUCAGGAGAUGUUGGCCACCCACGCCCUCAUUCGAGCCACCACUCUUAGAGAGUUGCUGAUCGUGGCGGCCAGCCAAGCCAACUUCCCCAUUGAAAAGACGUACCGCCUUACGGUACCGGCUGACUGUACUCCCUAUGGGCGGUUCCCAAUCCCGCAGCGCCUGGUCCAGACUUUCAUUCAUGACGAAAUGGUUGGCCCUAAGGAAAUGGCGGAGGACAAGUUCCGGACCUUUCGUCGCGAGUUCUUCAACGACGAAGCCUGCGCGGAAGUGAUCCGUUCAGUCACUGGAGGAGCAGGGCAACGCCUUCUCUCCAAGCUCCGAAGCAACGCGCAUCGCGCGGAUGUCUUCAGAUACGUUGAACACUGGCUCCGCGGCGGCAUCUACCUCGACAUCAAGACUGCCUUCCUGAUCACGCCGCAGGAGCUUCACUCCUCCAUCGUGGCAGAGUGGCGAGACAAGCCACUCCUCUCCGACCUUGCCUCCCAAAUUUAUGGAUGGGAUGCUGAUACCUUGCGAGCCAGCGGCCCUCCUGAUUACUUCCUCACGGCCAUCGGUCAGAAAAAGGACCACAUUUUCCAGGGCAUCCUCAUGGGACGACGGCAGCACCCCCUCAUGACUGCUGCACUACGCCAUGCUUUUCAGCACAAAUAUGUGGAUGCGCAGGGGGCCAUCUACGAGAAGUAUAUGUUCUUCUGCAUCGCCCUCUAUGAGAUCGUACGCCAGGACCUGCUCAGUGACCCGGUCCUCCACCCAACGGCGCAGGGACGCAGCUUGGCCCCUGGCUGGCACCUCACACAGACCCUGGGCCUGAUCUAUCUGCUGCAGGAGGUCCAUGAGGAUCAGCUGCGGCGAAUGCAGGGCGUGCCCCCCAAUGAGGGGCAUGGGUUCCGAACAGCCUCCAAGCAACUCAUAGCUCUUACUCGGUGCUGGGGUUGGAACAAGGGAUGGAAGUCUGAUCCGGCUUCCACCAAAGCCAACAACGAUGCCAUCCUUCGUGGACUCCCUACUGCACUCCAAGCAGCGCAGGAGGCUGGCAACGCCACGACCCGGCGAGGCAACGCCUCCACAACUCCGGUCCCCACUGAGGCCACCAUUCAGGCACAUGUGCUUGAAGCUCUCGACACCAGCCUUCUCGAUUGGAUUGUGCAGCUUAUUGAAAAGUGGCCGCAGUUCUAUGGCGAACUCACCAAGCAGCAAGUCCAGGAGCUCAUCCCGCGCGGUCUUGGCAUAGCCAUUUCAGAACAUGGUGACAGUUUGUGCUGUGUCUUCUGUGCGGGCAAAUCUGGCGGGCCCUGCAUGUUCCACACCUCUCAGGGCUUACUGCCGCACUUUCUGCGGACACGUGGCAGCGGUGCUACAUGGCAUCACGCGGGGGAAGAGGCCUAUGCCAGGGCUACCACUGGGCGCUCAGGUCAGGCCGCUGCGGCGGCCUCCUCCUCAGAUACCGGCAAUCAACGGCCCAACGAGCCUGCCUCCCCGCCGCCAUAUGUCGCACCGCGACCAGCCAUUCUUGAUGCACCGCAUCGUCAUGAAGCUCCUCCUCAAGAGCCAGAAACCACUCCUCCCACGAUGGAGGAACUCUGUGCCGAGAAGGACUUCUACGAUUGGGUGGUGGCAGUAGCGGACCUCCAGUCACUGACGGCUCCUGAAGUCGUGGGUGUUCUUCAGCCCCAGGAGUUCACAGCGAUAUGGAAUGCCCGACUUCAGGUCUUGACCAAGCUGCCAACCGACCGUGCUGGUCAAGAGCACAUCCACCCCAAGCUCACGACCUGGCUCGGGGGCCUUCAGGCUACCAUUAAAAAUGGGGUUCCCUACGCUCUCUUCGAGGGCAAGCGUGUGGCUACUCAGGAUGAGUUUCGCCUCUUCGCGACGACCCUGCAGACCAUCUAUGAGGCAGCCACCAAGAAGGCGCACCAACCCUCCCACGUCAAUAUCAUCCAGGCCACGCGUGACAGUCAUCCAACCAUCAAGAUUACGCACGGCCAAGUCCUGGAUAGCAAGCUGAACGUGAUUCGCAAUGUUACUGGCCAGCAGCUUCGUGGUCGCCGCGAAAAGCAAGCUGAGCACCGUGAGAACAAGGAGUCCAGGAGGUCGGACCCGUAUGGAUCUCACGAGCCUCCGCCCGAACAACACUCCAGAUCCGCCGGCUCCCAAGACUGGCAAGACUGGCGGGACUGGGAAGAAAAUUCCUACAAUGCCAGGAACUCUGCCUACCACGGCUAUUACCGCUGA